AUGCCCAAACCGUCGACCCUGUCCCUGGCCGCCAUGCGAUCAAAAGGCGGCAAGGAAAGCGCCAAUGCGCCUUUGAGCCCUAUCAGCCCCAGAUCUCCAAACGAAAUGGACUUCGCGACACCCAAUGCCUCCUUUCACAGCGUGCCGGAGUCACCAGCAUCGCCCAAGACCCGGAAAGAUUCCAAGAACAUCUUCUCCAACCUCUCCGCGUCAAAGUCGUCGACGCGACUGAUCAACCACGGGAGUUCUGGGCGAACCAAAAGCUCGCCUACACUAUACGCAAAUUCCAAGAGUGGCUCGUCCACGCCCGAACUCAGCCGUCCUGUUCGAACACCCAACUCUGAUGAUAAUCGCUCUGAAAUCGUACAACUCUCCGAUCUCCCCAUGGAUUCAUCAAAGCGGAGUACAGCAAAGCCAAAGCAACGAGGAUUACUCUCAAGGUCCAAGUCUAUCAAAUGUGAGGAAAGCCCUGGUACCCGUGCAAAGCUGAACAAAGCUCCUCCACCACAGCUUUCGCCUGCUUCGACGACCUUUACAGCGAACGGUGACGGUGUGCCGAUGAAGCAAGCACCACUAGACAAGGGCCAAUCGUGGCGGCCUCAACUCGGUCCUGGCAAGGCGCGCACUCGUUCGGCGGACCGUCAUGUUGGAUCUCAGAAUGCCGAGGCAAUGUCGGUCACGUCGAGCUCCUACAAUGAGAACAAGGGCCCAGGUCUGAUGUCUAGUAUUGGAUCUGGGGCUCGGAAAAUGGGCGAGAAAAUGGACAACGCUCGAAAAGGCAUGUUUGGGAAAUUGGGACGCAGCUCCAGCAACCACGAAACCCAGUCACCCGCAUCAAACGAACCCUACGUGUACAAGAUUAUACAUACCCCCCUUGUCGAGCAAACCCGGUUGACAAGGAUAUCGACUCGUUUGGAGCAGUCAAGAGACAAGACGGAGUUUUGGAUGCCAGCUCUACCAUGGCGGUGCAUAGACUAUUUGAAUAUGAGAGGCUGCGAAGAGGAAGGUCUCUAUCGCGUUCCGGGUAGUGCACAACAGAUCAGGUACUACGAGCGGAAAUUUGAUCAAGACAGAGACAUAGAUCUUAUCUCCGAUGACAACCUGAACGACCCUAAUGUGAUUGGAUCACUCUUCAAAAACUGGCUGCGACAAUUGCCCGACGAAAUUUUCCCCAAAGCAACCCAAGCGAGGAUACAACAGGAAUGCCAGGGUGCAAAGACCACACCGCAAAUGCUGAAAGACGAACUUUCCAAGCUGCCACCAUUCAACUACUACCUUCUCUUUGCAAUCACCUGCCAUAUCAGUUUGUUGCACUCUUGCUCCGAAUUCAACAAGAUGAACUACAACAAUCUCUGCAUCUGUUUCCAACCUGCCAUCAGGAUUGACGCCUUUUGCUUCCAGUUCCUCAUCUUGGAUUGGCGGAACUGUUGGCAGGGCUGCUGGACGGAGAAAGAAUACUUGGAGGCUGAGAUGGACUUUUUGAGCGCCAUGGAAGCGCAAAGACAGCAACAAAUUUCUGGCCACAACAACCCACCUCCAAGCUCUGGUAAAAACAAGCCCUUCCAACCCCCACCACAGAUUGGGCAAGCUCAGAAGCCCGUCUCAGUGCGUAGCAAUUCGGCAGACCAAUUCAAGUCUUCUACGCGAGCUCCCUCAGCGGAUAGGAAUGGGCGCGUCACACCGCCGAAUCCACCUCUGUCAUCGUCGGAAACGACAAAUUAUACCGCUCCUCGCUUGCGUGGCGGCGGACAAGCUGAGCGUGAGUCUUCGACAGAGCGUACUGCAUCUUCUUCAGAUAGUCGGGAACUGCAAUCCCGUGGAAUACCCUUGCGUCCCGCACCAUCGACAGGCGCUGAAGCUUCCUUCAAGACGGAAGACGGUACCACGCUCACGCAAGCACCACACAGUCGAGGCCCUUCAGAUACGCAAUUUCGAUUGGAUUUGAGCAACCCCCCCAGCUCCCCCUUCAAUAUCAAAUUUUAA